AUGCGUCCCUCAGACCUCCCUGCUCUCGAACAGUCCACCGACUCGGCCUCUUCCUCCUCCUCCAGUCUCCUCGAUGUCCCCAUACACUCUCCCGUAGACCGCCCCAACCAGCACCUUGCUGUCCUCCUCCAGAAACAUCUCUGGAAGCCCGACUCUUCUACCAACACCUGCGACAAUUUCUACUGUCGCGUCCCCUUUUCGCUCUUUGAGCGCAAACAUCAUUGUCGCAAGUGCGGUGGCAUCUUUUGUGGCGCGUGCACUUCCCGCACAACCCCACUUCUCGACACCUCCAAUCUCUCUUUCCUCCAGCCACCCCGCAAUGUCCCACUUACAGCCUUCGAGUCUCCCAUUUCCCCCAUUCUUGACUCUCGUGUCUGCGACGACUGCUGGGACCAGAUCCAUGGCUGCCCCACUACCCCACAUACUCCAGAGGUCACCCGCCCAUCUUUCAAGCGCGCCCUCUCCAAUCCCAUGUCCAUUCUCUCCUUCCCCAGAUCACCUGCUUCUCCGGCUUCCACCUCAUCUGCCGCAGAGCGUUCUUCUUCUGUCUCUCCUCCGGAUGGCUUUGUCGCCCCAUCUUUCAAGAGGAAAACAGCCAUGUCUCUCCAGCAAACACCCAGCACCUCCAGCUUGAACAGUUCCUCGUCUUCCAAUAACAGCCAGGGAGAUGCACCUGUCCGUUCUUCUUUAUCAAGACGCGUCUCUUGUCGCGCUUCCCAACGACCUCUUCCUCAGGACUUGGAGCGCUCAUAUGGCGAGCUCGACGCGUACCCGCUCAGACGCUCUAGCGUCCUUUGCAAGGCUUCCGGUGGUGGUCGCUGGGAGCCAAAGCAGAGUCCUGUUCUUGCCGGCUACCGGAUACCUAUUCCUGGUGGCAAGGCCCCCUUUGAAACCAUGAUGGAGCAGGAGGAACAGCUUGAACGCCUCAGGAAGCAGAAUCCAAUCGUCAAGGAUGGCGCCUUCCAGUAUCGCUUCCCCAAGGAACCAGAGCCAGUUGUGCUCUCAAGAAGUCCCUUUAACCUCUCCACAUUCUAA